AUGGCUGGAGAGCCGAGCAGCCCACCUAAGAUUUUGGAGACCAUGCGGCCACCAGUCAGCCACGAGACAUUAAGACACCCCUCGUCCAACAUAGAUAAAAUCUUCCAAGAUUUCUGGCUCAAGCUAGAGCUCAGACUACAACAAGGGGCUCCAGGUCCACUCAUCUCAAACUGUCCACCCAGACAGCAGCCACCUAACCCUCAGCACCCAGACCACUCACCACCCGGAGGGCCACCCUACUUAGGCCCAGCGGCAUUACUAACCAACCCUAGUUACACCCGUUUACCCAGCUACACCCGUGCAUUCACCACAUCACAGUGGAGUCCCACGAGAAUCCACAACGAGGCUCUGCACAGCCCCAAUGCGGCAUCGGGUGAAACGCCGGGGACCCAUCAACACCACGGUCCAGGAGCAGGGGGACCUGACACGUUUCACAACGCCACAUCAUGA